CACGAGAAUCGCUGAUGUACCUAAGAUGAUCGUUCCCAUGUGCACCGUGCAUCAAGCAACGCCUGGGGCAGCACUACUACUACCCCACCCACCUAUAAAGGACUGGUCGCCCUCACUUUCACUUGCUUUGGCGCACGUGCACUCAAAAACCUGGCUGCGCCCCCCGUACCUUUACACCCUUCAAACACAUCAACUCAACACUACCAUUACCAAAAAACCAUAUCAUCUACCUGUUGUCGCAUUCAAACUAAAGCAGUCAUUCAUCACUGACGGCUGGAGGCCUUCACCUUACUAUGGCACCCGGCGCCGUACGCUCAGAGUCUCCAGCGGCGUACUCGCACCCGAUCAAGCAGUCAAGACAAGUUGACUCAAAACUCCAAGUGCAUACAGCAACGGACAGCCAUGUCUCGCUGAAAGACUCCACUAUCACCAACGGUCAUGUGAAUGGCAGUAACGCUCGUGGAGCUAAUAACCAUCCUACCAGGUCGCAGGAUGGCCGCGAUGUUGUUACCUCUGAGUUUCUGCUUGAGCAGUCUCAAAAGAUCGCAUCUGGUAAUGGUCGGAGAUCUUCUAGGAAACCAAACAUCUUGUACAUCAUGGCGGAUCAGAUGACCGCAUCACUUCUCAAGAUGAACAACGCAGAUUCUGUCGUUCAGACACCGAACCUCGACAAACUUGCAGAGACUGGUGUCGUCUUCUCUAGCGCUUAUUGCAACUCACCUCUCUGUGCGCCUUCGAGGUUUACCAUGUGCACAGGACAGCUUCCAUCCAAGAUUGCUGGGUACGAUAAUGCGUCCAUUCUCGCACCUGAGGUCCCUACUUAUGCGCACUACCUCCGAGCUGAGGGGUAUGAGACCGCUCUUGCCGGUAAAAUGCAUUUCAUUGGCCCCGACCAACUUCACGGCUUCGAACAUAGACUUACUACGGACAUCUAUCCCGCUGAUCUUGGAUGGUCAGUGAAUUGGGAUAAGCCCGAGGAGCGGCAAGAGUGGUUCCACAACAUGUCGUCAGUCUUACAAGCAGGCCCUACUGUCCGGACUAAUCAGCUGGACUAUGAUGAGGAAGUCAUGUUCAAAUCGUCCCAAUACCUCCAUGAAUGGGUGCGCGAACCAGCUGCGACUCGACGCCCGUUCGCUCUUACCGUCUCUUUGACACAUCCUCAUGAUCCUUAUGCCAUGCUUCGAAAAUACUGGGAUCUCUAUGAAGGCGUUGAUAUUCCUCUUCCCGAGGUGGAGAUUCCUCAAGACGAACAGGAUCCCCAUUCUCAGCGCAUUAUGAAGUGCAUCGAUCUCUGGGACAACCCUGUUCCCGAUGAAGCCAAGUUGCGCGCUCGUCGCGCAUAUUUCGCCGAGUGCAGCUUUGUCGACGACCAGGUUGGGAAACUCAUGCAGAUUCUCAAAGACUCCUACCUCGAUGAUGAUACUAUCAUUGUAUUUUCUGGCGAUCACGGCGAUAUGCUUGGUGAGCGUGGCCUUUGGUACAAGAUGUCAUGGUUCGAGAACAGUGCACGUGUUCCCAUGGUAAUCAAUUACCCUUCCAAGUUCAAGCCGAAGCGUGUGUCGGAGUCGGUGUCUACCAUGGACCUCCUCCCAACAUUCGUCGACCUUGCAGGAGGAGAUGCAUCUUCCAUUCUACCCAUCGAUGGUACUAGCCUAUUCGACUACCUCGUCUCCGACAAACCCGGAAAGGACGAAGUCUUUGGUGAAUACAUGGGCGAGAGCACUGUCACACCUACAUACAUGAUUCGUCGUCAUCAGUGGAAGUACACCUGCUCGAUGGUCGACCCACCGCAGCUAUUUGACUUAAGCAACGAUCCAAAAGAGCUCAACAAUCUCGCUCUCUCGGAUAAGCCCCAGCAUGAAGAAGUUCUCAACAAAUUCGAAGCCGAGGCCCGCGCCAAAUGGAAUUUUCAACAGAUACACCAGGAUGCCUUGAAGAGCCAGCGUUACCGCAGGAUCUGCUGGAAGGCUUUGCAGCUAGGUCGUAAGGAGCAUUGGGACUAUGAGCCACCCGCCUCUGGCAGAGACAAGUUCAUCCGCUCCCACAUCCCGCUGGACGAUCUUGAACUUCGGGCUAGGUUCCCUGUCGUCGACUCACUUGGUCACGAGCAGGUGGCGAACGCAACCCAUCACGGUGCUGCCGGCGCCUGCGGCGAAUAAUAUUGACGCAUGGCCAACCCUUUCCUUUGUCAUUCUGCAGUCUGACGAGCGAUUUACGCAUAACGACUCACGGCUUCAACGGCGUUUACUUUCGGAGAUACGCAUACAAUGCAUAGCACAGUCUCAAGCAAACGUGAUUGUUUUUGAUAGCACACGAGCGCACAUGUACAUUAUCUAAAAAGCAAAUGGACACCAUUAGUAACACUGUAAAUGACAGCCUCGGAG